AUGACGCUUGAUCGAUUCUAUUCACCAGGAGACGAUGAUGCUUCGCGCGUGUGCCGCGAGUUGGUGGAGCCGCACGGCUUCACGUGCGAGGAUCACCGUGUGGUAACACGGGAUGGCUUCGUUUUAGGCCUCCAGCGUGUGACAAGUCGCCAGUUGGACGCGAGUGGAGAUGUUUCUGAUGUGAAUAAAACGAGCGGGGGAAACGGGAGGGGCGUUUCUCGAGGACCGGUGCUGCUCCAGCAUGGGCUGUUUCUGGGAGCUGAGAGCUGGGUUGUGGGCCCACCAGGCAUCUCCCUGCCGUUCCUGCUCGCCAGGCUCGGGUUCGAGGUGUGGCUCGGCAACAGCAGGUGCGGGCCAUGGAGCUACGGACACACGAGGUGGCAGCCCAAGGAUAAGGAGUACUGGGAGUGGACGUGGGCGGACAUGGCACGCCAUGACCUGCCAGCGCAGAUAGACCACAUCCUCACAGCCUCUCACACGGGAGCGAGGCAGGUGUUCUACGUGGGGCACUCGCAGGGCACGCUCACCUUCCUCUCCUCCCUCACCGCUGGCUACCUCCCCUCUUCCACCAUCGCUGCAGCUUUCCUCCUCGCGCCUGUCACCUCCCUCGCACACCUCUCCUCGCCCAUCGCUCACGAGGCAGCCAAGCUCGACCUAGACCGGCUGGUGAGGGCAACGCGUCUACACGAGUUCAGCCUGCGCAAUGCGUUGGGCGAGCUGGUGGUUGCCACUGCCUGCGCCUCUCCUCGCAUCAACUGCUCCUCCCUGCUCUCCGCAUUCACAGGUUCCAACUGCUGCAUUGACAUCCGGCACUUUGCCAAGCUUGUCCCCUGGUUUCCUCUCGCAUCCUCUGUCAAGAACAUGGCUCAUUUCGGCCAGAAACAUGGCUCAUUUCGGCCAGAUGGUUCGCUCUGGAGAGUGGAAGAAGUUUGA